AUGACACGAGGCAGGCAACACCGCCAUCGCUCGGCCACACCUUAUCCUGGUCGCAGUCGAAGCCGAAACGGCACACACUGCGCUACGAAUGCGAUGCAACUGAUAAGACACCUGGUGGAACAUACACCUGGGCGCCUCAGCAAGGAGCGAGGCCCUAGUUGCUAUUUUGGGAGAGAAGAAGCGGAAUGCAGAGGACGGGCUCGUCAUGUGAAUCAUGAUCAGAAGUCUUUUGGUCGACGUGACAGCACAGACUCCAGUCGGACUCUUGUCCAAGAUGAUGCAGACGUUCUCGAUCGCUUCCUUUCCAGGCUGUCGCGCCUUACCCGCGUCGCUUACGAGACGCGAGGUCGGGCAAGAUCACCACUGCGACGGCAUUGCCCUGACGCUUCUCGUCAGCACAGUCAUAGACCUGUCAAGAGCCGCCAGUAUCGUAGCCCUACGCCCAGUCCAGGCUCGAGCAGUGCGAUGAGCUCGAUUCGCGGCGGACGCGCUGACUGCUGGAUGGUUUCCUGCUCGCAGAAUGCUCUUCAACCGCAACGAAGACGGAGACAGGCGGAAAAUGAAAAUUCAAGGCUCAGACAUGGGGGUGCAGAUGAUUGUCAGAUGAACAGGGAACUGCAAAGAGCCUUUGAGCAGCUGAGUCUCGAGAUGGAGCACACCCAAAGAACUUCGAAGCCGGAUGACGUGAGCAGGCUUCGGCUGAGAGUCGAGGCUAUGAUGGAACUACUCAAGAGCAGAGGGGCUGCAGAAAAUCGGCCAACCAUACGAUGGACGGCUGGCGAGUUGCCCAAGAGUGGACCUGGGGGAGCGCGAGGAGACCUGGAGUGCAGAACCACAUCGAUUCGAUGGGCAGAUCGCGCCACUUGA